GAAAAACUACGCCGGAGGAAAGGACUUGGGCUAAGUUAAUGAACCCGAGGACCAUACAUUGGUACUGCGACGGUCCUGAGCCCACCCAAGAGGCGAUUAGAUACGACGAGCGAGUUCACAGACAGAUGGAAGACGCAAAAAGGAGAGCUUUGAUCAAAUCCCAAGCCGUCAAGAAGAGGGAAUCCGGCGAGGUGGUACCUAAGGUGUCGGCUUCAGCCCCUAAGAGGAAACCGACAUCAAAAUCCGACCGUCCAUUUAAGCAACCAAAGGUCUCUCUUGAACCUGUGGUCGGUUUAAUGGCUGAGGGUAACAAGACCGUCACCCCAGCUAAGCAGGGGACGGGUAAAGGAUUGAUGACGGCCCCAGACGGUAAGCAAGAGAGACCUCCUUCCCUUCUCCGCGACGACUCCAAGUAUGCAUUGGAGAAGCUGUCGUCCAUCAUCACGGCGGAAGACUAUGAAGAUCUUGGAAACCACUCAACGGAAGCCAUGGGGGAGACGGGCCUCUUUGCCGUUGCUCAGGUUGGUUAUGUCCGUCAAAUAAGUUUGUUUUUCUUUUUCGUUGUCAUUUACAUUAUGUGACGGGCUCUUUUCUAUUCGCAGUCCUUGGUCAUGAUGAAGGGACUACUGGACCGGUGUCUCAACUGUGAGAGUACCUUGGACCGGGUGCACGCGAAGGCGGAGCAGACGGAGGAAGAGCUCGGACAACUCCAUAAAUGGAGGUCCAAGAUGGAGAAGAAGCUGGAGCUUUCUGAGAAGGCAAGGAAGGAGCUGGAGGAGAAGAGGGUCCCUGCGUUGACGGUCAUAGAGAAAAAGGAGGCGGAGAUCAAAGAACUCAAGGAAGAGAUCCGUCAUGUGAAAGAGGUAGCCGUCGAGGAGUACCGAAGCUCAGAGUCAUGCUUGGGCGAGCUGUCAGAUUCUUUCCUUCAAGGCUUCGAUGAUUCUCUCCGUCAGGUCAAGAAGGCCUAUCCAGAGCUGGAUUUGUCAAUGGUCAAACUUGAGGACCAAGCCCAGACUUCUGCCCUCCCCGUCGCCUCCGAAAAUACGGAGGACCUCUUUGGCGAAGACGCUGCUCAAGGAGACGGAGAGUCUGUCCCGUCGAAGGAUGUCCAAGUUGCUGAACAAAAGAAAGAUUAAUGUCUAUGUAAUUUAUUUUGAGAACAAUCCGUCCUUUUUUUUUUUUUUUUUUAUUUACAUUUCAGAACAAUCCGUC